AUAAUUGUUCGUUCUAAUUCACUUUCUUCUCAUUCGCUUCCUUCGGCCGCUCAUUCGAAGAAAGUUAAUUAGACCGAACAAUUAUAACAAAAGAGUGAAUUAGGAUCUAAAACUUGUUUUAUGAUUCAGUUGAACGCAGUCUUUAUAAAUUGUUUGAUUAUGAAUUAAACGCUCCCUAUCGUACCUACUAAUUGCUUUUGCUAUUUAUUUAUGAUAUUUCUACAUUCUACUGUACCUACCUUAAAUCAAACGUUUGAGUCCAGUGGGCACGCGACGUAUCACUAAAACACUAUGCACUAACACCAAUGUUCUUUAUGUCACAGCGGUCGUUUGCUCAAGGUAUAAUUUUAGUCCGUUUGAUCGUACUAACACUUGGCAACUUUCAGAUUUACUGAGCCCACUAUGAUGUACUUUCUAAUUGUUUCCAGAAUUUAAGUGGCACCUAGAAUCGCUCAGCGACACUAGCCCGUUUGGUCGUACCAACAAAUCUGUACUUCGCUUAGAAAACUAAUCAAGGCGAACUGUUCGUCUUAAUUGUAACUGAAUGUUAGCACCUAAAAUCAAACCUUUUGAGUCUAAUGACCACGCGACGUAAGUACACUAAAACACUACGCAUACAAUAACACCAAUGCUCUUUAUGUCAGCGGCCGUUUGCUCAAGGUAUAAUUUUAGUCCGUUUGAUCGUACUAACACUUGGCAACUUUCAGAUUUACUGAGCCCACCAUGAUGUACUUUCUAAUUGUUUCCAGAGUUUUAGUGGCACCUAGAAUCGCUCAGCGACACUAGCCCGUUUGGUCGUACCAAUAAAUCUGUACUUCGCUUAGAAAAGUUUUCAAGGCGAACUGUUCGUCUUAAUUGUAACUAAAUGUUAGCACCUAAAAUAAAACCUUCACAUGACAGUCCAGAGACUAUGGCGUACACUUCAACACUGGCUCGAUUGCGAAUCAUGUCAUACGACAGUCAAUUUGAGUACAGUAUUUACAACAAAGGUUCCGUAUGUAGGCAUACAUAAUUAGAAUCAAACAUCAUCAAAAUUAUGAUAUACUGUCUGAACUAUUAAAUUGUGUUUUUGUAAUUAUAAUCACAUCUAAUAAUUUAUUAUAAGAUAUUGAUUUUUAACCGAUUAAAAAAGGAGAGGUUCUCAUCUCAAAUAUAUUUUUAUAGAUAACGUGUUAACGUUUAGUGCUCUUAUAACAUUAUUAUUGAACCGUAGUUUUUACCCAAAAAGUGUGUUUCACAAACAUUACACAUUUGAACCUUUGAGUAAAGUUAACAUCAAAGAUCAUGAACUUAUUCUGAGUUUUUUUUUUGCCUCACCUGACAUAAUAUUGUAGAAUUUCCAUCGACGGAUAAAUGAUUAAAUAAUUAAUUAGUGUAUAAUAAUGUUUUUAAAUGUUAACAAAGGCGAUAAAAUGGUUUCAAAUUAUAAUUUAUAUUCCUUAUAAGGAACCCUAAUCUUAUAAGUUAUAAUGCAAGUAUAUUGUUACUGCUGAAACCACAGUUUUGAGCAUGUAAGUACAGUCGGUAGUAAACAUAACUCUACAAAAAUGUUGAAACACUGCAUUUAUUGCUUAUGUUAUGUUUAUCGUUUCUAUAAACAACCAAAAAAACGAAAUAAUGCAAUUAACGAGAUCAUACCUCAUCACACGAUCAGUCAAUAUGAUCACAUGUACCUUUACAUAGUAAAACAACCUGAGUGGUUAGUGGUCAACAGGCCGCAAUACUACGCAAGAAGUCCCGGGUUCGAUUCCCGGCUGGGCAGAAAUUGAAAUGAUGAAUUUUAAUUCCUGUGAUGGGUCUGGGUGUUACUAUGUAUAAUGUGUACCUAUGUAUUUAAAUAGUUUUUAAGUAGUAUAUCCAAUGGAUAUUAUGUAUUAAGCUAGCACCCAUAACACAAGCAUUUUAGUUGCUUACUUUGAAACUAGAUGGCGCUGCGUGAUAUUAUUCAAAGAAAGAAAGAAAGAAAGAAAGAUAGUAUGUUUAAGAAAUAAUCUAAAGUAUGUAACAAGAAAAAUAUCCUAAUAUGAAAAAAAAAUCAUCAUUUUUUUACGCCGACUGUACCUACACUGAUUAUGCGGACGUCUGAGUAAAUUGAAACUUUUGUUUUUCACAAAUGUUAAUGUUAAUCAGCAAUAACAUUUUGUAAUUGCUGAUUCUAUAAAAAAUUUUGGCCAGUGAUCGUAAACCCUGUGUUUGAAGGUUACUUUUGUAAUUAUACAUUAUAUUUUACCCGUUAACUAAGCGGUACAAAUGGAAAAAAUGUUGACUACCUCUUUUGCUGAUCUUGCAUUAUUUUUAGAUAAAUUAUGACCUCCAAAUCGAUAAAAUUUAAUAACUCCAGUAGUGCCACAUAGUGCUCAUCAACCUUCAAGGUUAAGGUAUUCUUCAGCUUCAAGACCAAUCUACAGCAACGAAAUAAUGUUCGUAAGUUUUUUUAACUUUUUUCCUUGUGUGUUUUAUGAGAAUAAUAAUGUGCAUAAUUAUGAACUUAGGCAGUUCGAUUUUUACAAGUUGUUUACUGUAUGUUGUUAUUGAAUGUUCAAUACAUGUAUUGUAUUGAACAUAAUAUGUCGUACCUGCAUCAUAAUUUCGUCUUAUAACUUUAACUCUAUAUUUUACAGGUCGGACUUUGAGUAUUACUGCGACAAAAAAGCAGUUGCCAAGCGGCACGGAAAUAAACGCGAAGACAUAGAUUCUGAAGAGGAAACAUCUUGUAAAAGGUUGAAGCAGCAGAGACCGCGAAAAACAGCCAAACAUUUAUUUGACGACUCUGAAGACGAAUCAGUUAAUAAACCGUUGAAGCAGAAACCUCGAAAAACGGCCAAACAUUUAUUCGACGACUCUGAAGAGGAAUCAGUUAAUAAACCAACUAAAUCAUCAGCGAAAAAGUCGUCUACCAAACGCAAGUCAGCAGAGAGCUCGAGUGGAGACAAACGAACUCGAACCUCAGGGUGGAAGCUGGACUUGGACGACGACGCGGACGUCGAGAGCAGUCGCGCGCGCAGCCAGCCCGGCCGCCUGCAGUCCGUGCUGACGCGUCGAGUGGCCGACGGAGUCCUGCGCCGCACCGCCUCUCUGCCUGGGGAUCUCUUCGUGGAGUUGCGCCUCUACAACGCGGACGAGAUACGAGCUGUGCAGCCGAAAGAUCGUUGGGAGAAGGCGGUAUUGUCACUCAAAUACCAAAGCAGCUCUAACGCCGAACAUCUUGACCUACUGCGGCAAUUCGUCACGCGUGCGCGAGAGGCAUUCGAAGAGGACGGUACUUUUUUCGCUGAUAAAAAAAAUAGUUCGUAAUUUGUUAUUAAUUAGUUAUUUAAGGUAAUAAAAUAAAAUACUUUUUUAUAUCUUAGUUUUUUCACCCAGUCUAUUUAAUUUCAUUCAAAGUUGUUAGGUAGGUUUUAAACUUUUUUAUAAUGUCUCAAAGAACGAUAUAUUGCACAGUGUGCGAUUUAUCAAUUAAAAGUAAUAGUUUCUCAGCUCAUCUCAAAAGUAAUACACAUAAAAAUAAUUCAGCAAUAGAAUUAGGAGAUGGUAUAGAAAAAAUAAGUAGUGCAUUCCGUAGUCGAAUAGCUACGUAUCGAUUGCGCAAUAGGGAUGAAGGCGUGCAGACGCCAGCCGAGUUCAUGCGCAGCAUGCGUGCGCGCGUGCGGCAACUCAUACAAGCGCGACAACUAGCAUUUAACAGCCUUAAAGUCAACUUCGAAUUAUUUGCAGAAUUUUCUCUUAGAACUAAUGACUCUAACAAAUCUGAGCUAAAAUCAUUUGCUACAGAGAACUUUACCAUACAUAAGAACUACGCGUUUGAUGAAAUAUUCUCACAAGCAAUAGCUAUUAUUUCAACUAAAAUUGACGAAAUGCAAGAAAGGGACAGCGGUUGGUCUUUUCUCCGUAAUUCGCACUUAGAAAUUAACAUAAACAAAUUUAAUCCUUUAAAAGCAUCUCAAUUUAUAGAUUUACCUAAAGCUUUAAAACUAAAACGAGCUUGUAUUAAUGUUCAAAACAGAGAUAAAUUUUGUUUUUUGUGGAGCAUAAUGGCAGCAUUGUUUCCUGCUAAGAGUAAUGCUCACCGAACUUCUUCAUAUCCUCAUUUUGAGAACGUUCUCAAUACAAAAAACAUGUCAUUUCCUGUAAAUUUUUCGGAUAUAAAAACUUUUGAAAAGAAUAAUCCCAGUAUAAGUGUCAAUGUUUAUGGAAUUAAAAACAACACUAAUAUUGUUGGACCAUUAUACCGCACUCAGAACAAGAAAAAGAACCAUAUAAAUUUAUUAUUUUUAGAAAAGGGAAAUCUAACGCAUUAUUGUUGGAUAAAAAAUGUAAGUCGUUUGUUAAGGUCGCAAAUAACAAAAAACCACAACAAAAUAUUUUUUUGUGAUGAUUGUAUGGUAUUCUUUAAAAACGAAAUUAAAUUAAAUACUCAUAUAUGCGGUGGCGUUGCUACUGUUUUACCAAAACCCGGCACACUUAUACAGUUUAAAAACUAUGAAAAAAUGCAAGACAUGCCGUUCGUUAUUUACGCGGAUUUCGAAUCGUUAUUACAACCAAGUCCAAACGGACCGACUUCAAAUUCUACGAACGUCUUCCAAAAACAUGUUCCGGCUGCAUUUGCAUAUUACGUUGUUUGUUCAUAUGACAGUUCCUUGAAUCGGUACGUAUCUUAUCUUGGGAAAAAAUGUGUUGAAAUAUUUAUUGAGAAUCUUAAGAAAGACAUAUCUAAAAUAUUAAAAUUAUAUAAAAACAAAAUACCAAUGAAAAAGUUAACAGUAGAAGAAUCGGAAUCAUUUUCUAAAUCGAAGCAAUGUUAUCUUUGCAAUCAGUUGUUAUUUGACGAUAGAGUGAGGGACCACUGUCACUUAACCGGCAGGUACCGCGGUCCCGCACAUUCAUACUGUAAUCUCAAAUACCGCUUACCGCAAUUCGUACCGGUAUUUUUCCAUAAUUUAUCCGGCUACGAUAGUCAUCUAUUUAUAAGGCAAUUGGGAGAAAUAUCGGGACCAAUAAAAGUUAUAGCCAAAAAUAAAGAAAAUUAUAUAUCGUUCACUAAGUUUUUUACAACAGAUGAUAAUCAUUACAUGGCAGUUCGAUUUGUUGACUCGUUCAAAUUUUUAGGGACAAGCCUUGAAAAACUGGUUUCCAAUUUAAACACACAUGAUUUUACACAUUUAUCGCGUUUUUUUUCUGAAAAAAAUCAGUUUGAGUUAUUAAGGCGCAAAGGUGUAUACCCUUAUGAAUACAUGACUAACUGGGAAUCGUAUAAAGAAAAACAAUUACCUUCACGCCAUAAUUUUUAUAGUAGUUUGAAUGAGUGUACUAUUUCAGAAUCUGACUAUAAACAUGCCGAGCGCGUUUGGAAAACAUUUAAUUUAAAAAAUCUAGGAGAAUAUACAAAGUUAUAUUUAAAAUCAGACGUACUUUUACUGGCCGAUGUAUUUGAAAAAUUUCGGUAUACUUGUAAAACUAAUUAUAAUUUAGAUCCUUCGUUUUAUCUUACCGCUCCAAGUUUAAGCUUCGAUGCUAUGCUACUUUUGACCAAAGUAAAACUUGAACUAAUUGAAGAUUUGGAAAUAAUUCGGUUAAUCCAAAAGGGUAUCCGCGGUGGUGUUUGUCAAGUUUCCACUAGAUAUGCGAAGGCAAAUAAUAAAUACUUGCCUGAUUACGAUCCAUCUUCUCCAGAUAAUUACUUAUUUUAUAUAGACUGUAACAAUUUAUACGGUUAUGCAAUGUGCUCGUAUUUACCUCAUUCUGAUUUUCACUUAUUAAAUGUGUCAGAAUUUAAUGCCGACGAAAUUAUAAACACGCCCGACGAUGCCGAAGAGGGUUAUAUUUUAGAAAUAGAUUUAGAAUAUCCAGAACAGUUGCAUGAUUUACACAAUGAACUCCCUUUUUGUCCCCAAAAAUUUACUCCACCUGGCUCUAAAACAUCCAAGUUAAUACCUAAUUUAUACGAUAAAUUUAACUAUGUUAUUCACUAUGUGCAUUUAAAAGCAUGCCUUGAUCAUGGUUUGAAACUAAAAAAAAUCCACAGAGUAAUAAAAUUCAAACAAAGCCCUUAUCUAAAGCAGUACAUUGAUCUUAAUACCGAGUUGCGACAAAAAGCAACGUCUGCAUUUGAACAAGAUUUUUUUAAACUUUUGAAUAAUAGCAUUUUCGGCAAAACAUUAGAAGAUCCGGAAAAACGGCUUGAUGUAAAAUUAGUAAAUCAAUGGGUUGAUACUAGAAAUAAAACUAAAAAACAGUACACUGCUCAGCAAUUAAUAGCAAGACCCAAUUAUCACAGCUCAACUGUGUUUUCUGAGAAUUUUGUUGCAGUGCAAAUGAAACCGGAGUCAAUAUUACUGGAUAAACCAAUUUAUAUAGGAUUUACGGUUUUAGAAAUUUCUAAAAGCCAUAUGUAUAAAUUCCAUUAUUCCAUAAUGAAACCAUUCUACGGUAACAAUUUACAACUUUGUUACACAGAUACGGAUAGCUUUUUGUACUCCAUACACACCAAGGACGUGUUUAAGGAUUUGAAACGUCAAUUUGAAUCUUACUUUGACACAAGCAAUUAUGAUGAAAAUAAUUUGUUUAACAUUAAACGGCAAAAUAAAAAAGUACCUGGUUUGUUUAAAGACGAACUAGGUGGAAAACUCAUAACUGAAUUUGUCGGUUUAAGAUCAAAAUUAUAUUGUAUUAAAACUGAAAAUAAAGAAAUAAAAAAAGCCAAAGGAGUAAAAAAACCAGCUGUUAAGCAGUUACUUUUUAAAGAUUACAGUAAUGUCCUAUUGCACAACAAAAUUAUUAAAAAAACAAAUGUAGUAUUUAAAUCGUUAAAGCAUGAAAUAUUUACUCAAUCGGUAAAUAAAGUGGCUUUAUCAUCUAACGAUGACAAACGUAUAAUAUUAAAAAAUAAUAUAAAUACAGUGGCCUGGGGUCAUAAAUCCAGCUUCUUUUAAUGUUUCUAUAGGUAUUAUAAGAGCCUACUUGUAUUAUAAAUAAUAUGUUAAUAUUCUUUUUUGAUAAAUGUCUUAGUCUUGUUCUGUAUUAAAAUAAUAAUAUUAUGAUGAUAUUAAAUAGUCUGGGUUGAAAUAAUCUGUUCUUAUUUUAUGUUUAGAUUAGGAAAAUAUUACUUAUUAUUAAUUAUACUUUUUACUAACUUUCUACUCUUAAGCC